GAAAUAUAUGAACCCUUUUCAUGGUUUCUCAUCUAUCGUGCUAUGGUUGGCACUAGCGUCAUCCAUGAUAGGCGGUGUAUUUGGCGUUGGCGUGUCACCCUCCAUGGUUGGCUCUCCAGUGAAAAUGUCAUCUGGAGGAGGAUCUUAUGGCAGAAUCAUUAGGUUAUCAACAGGCCAGCUGCUGGGUAUCCAUACAACCAUUUCGGGCAGUGACCGUUCCCUUACAGUAUGCCAAAGUACCGACAAUGCACUCUCGUGGACUGAUAUUGGAACGGUCACGAAGGGCAAUGCGGAUAUAGGUAACGGUUUCCUACUAGAACUACCCAAUACCACCGGCGCGGCAAAUCCAAGAAUACUGGCAGCAUUUCGCAAUCAUUCUUGGCUUAGCGGCCCAAACAACAUCACGUACUUUCGCAUGACUGUUUGUUUUAGCGAUGAUUUAGGGAAAACAUGGCAGUUCCUUAGUCAACCAGAGGGUAAAAACCCACCGAAUGGCCUUUGGGAGCCAUUUAUGCGAAUAGCUCAUGAUGGAAGCCUUCAACUAUACUAUUCCCGAGAAAAUUCUCAGACGGACCAAGAUAUUGUUCGUCAUAUCUCGAAGGAUAAUGGAAAGACGUGGGGUCCCAUGGUCACCAUUGCUGGUGCGACCACUCAUGGCAGAGAUGGAAUGCCUGGAAUAACGGAAUUCGACACCGGGUCUGGCAAACGAUUGCUGUGCAUAUUCGAAACGACACAAGAUGGCCCAUUCCAUGUCAAAUCCGUCACGUCAGAUGACGACGGUAUUACUUGGGGAAAUCGGUCGGUCGUGUAUGUCCCCACCGGCACCAACAACAAUGCUGGCUCUCCGCAAGUCGCUACCUUAGGCGGAAAUGUCCUGGUUGCUAUCUUUAUGACGGACGAAGACUUGUCUCCUCACAAAUGGAUACAGGGAGCUGGCGUAAAAUCGUUGGUGUCAACCGACGGAGUGAACUGGACUAACAAGCUCUCGGUUUCACCUCCACAAUCAAAUUGGCCAGGCAUUGUUCCCUUGAACGACAACGAGUUUAUCACUACCUUUGAUCAUGCUGGUGGUGUCCAAACACAAGCACUCAAAUUAUCUUGAUAGGAUACACAGCUUUAAUCUCCAAACAGCUUUUGAGAAGAAGUGUAAUAAAGUAACUGAUAUUGGGUGCUCUCCAGUUACUAAGUACAUCG